UUCUGCCGGCGGGCAAUUAGUACGACUUUAAAAUCUCCCCCAGAAAUGUCGUCGCAAUUGCUCGUCUGUCUUCUUGCGGCACUCUGUCUGAGCUGUGUGGCCGCCCAGUCGAGUCGCCUGGUCGAUGGCGAAUCGGCUGCCGUGGGUUCGCAUCCCUACAGCGUCUCGCUCCAGUUUCAAGGUGACCACAUCUGUGGCGGUGCCCUAAUCAGCGAUAGAGUUGUCCUGACGGCAGCGCAUUGCGUCACACGUGGCGGUAGCAUUGAAAGUUAUCCAGCUAGAAGCUUUACUGUCCGCGCUGGCAGCAUUCAACGUUCCGCUGGCGGUCAAUUGGUCACCGUCUCCAGUAUCGUUGUGCACAAAUCCUAUGCCAAUGGCCUGAAUAAUUUGGCGCUACUUGUGCUGCACUCGCCGCUCACCCUCAAUGCCAACACCCAGCCCAUUGCCUUAGCCACUGAGGUGCCUUCAGCUGGCGUUACCUUGACCUUCAGCGGCUGGGGUUCAUUGAAGGAUUCGGGUGCCUUGAGCCACCGCUUGAUUGUGGGCACCCAGCUGUUGCUCAGCGAUGCCGAGUGUCAGCAGCAGUUGUAUCUGCAGGACGAGGGUCUCCUCUGUUUGGCCCCCACAGAUACUCAAACGGCGCAAGGCAUUUGCGUUGGCGAUGCUGGCGCACCGGCUGUCUACAACAAUCAACUGGUUGGCAUCGGCAGCUUUUAUGUGGGCGGCUGUGGUAGCAGCAGUCCCGAUGGUUUCCUCAAUAUUGCCUACUAUCGUGACUGGAUCAGCGAGAAUACUCCCUGAACCUUUAGAUCUUCUUAAGCUUCAGAUCUAUGCAGUCGAACUCACAAUUUGCUUUAUUUAGUUACUUUAUAAGGGUAUUGUAAUAAAAUUGUUUGGCUUUUGGUUAGCGUGUUUUAGACUCGAAGUGGGAUGCGUUCCGGUUACCUUGGGUAUUUUUUAGGGGCUAAAAAUCUUUGCUACUUACAUUGCAGAGGCAUGAGAUCAUCGUGUUUUUUAUCGUUCAGACUCGACUCCAAAAAAUUGUACACUGCAAUUUCUGAAAUUCUUUUCUGGUUUUUGCUAGCUCAAAGGUUAAGGUCAUAAAUAAUAUAUACAUUUAAAUAUUAAAAUUUUGGCAAUUAUUCUCGAUGCAAUUUCAUUUUAACCUAUUUGAUAUAACUUGAAGCUUAUUCGAUUCUCAUAAUUUAAAUUUAAGAGGUUAUAAACUUAAGUAUUUUAUUCUCUUAUUCAUUGAGUUUCAAAACUCAUUUGUAAUGAAUCUGUCUGGAGUUACAAUUGCAUAUUGUUAAGUCCCAAGAGACGACAUAUGAUUUUAAAAAUAUUGCACAACUCUUUACAUAGUUUAUUUAUUAUGGAAGCUGCCAAUUUUUUUUAUUGAAUUCACAAACAAUCAGCUUGAUUUUUUAUGUUCAUUCAUAAAUUUUAUAUUUUAAGACUCUGUACUCUGUACUGUAAAAGUAGGAGCGCCUAGUCAGUUUAUCGCACAUCGCGUAACAGUUAAAAGGAAUAAAAUACUUGAACCGACAAAUUCCUGAUCAACGACAACAGUUGAAGCAAAUAACAUUUUAGAGCCACUGAAGUUUGUAUUGAUAGUAUUGAGAGUUAACAAUUGAGGAAAAAAUAAAACCCUCGAGUGAACAAUUGCCUUUUAUUUAAACAGAUAGCAUCGCAACUAAUAAUGAAUUAAAUGGAAUCAAAGUAUCAUAAAAAAAGGCGUGGGCAUGCGAUAAGCUGAAGUGGAAGACGCUGUCGAGUAUCUAUACAACUGACAACUGACAAUGGACAAUGGACAACUAUUAGGGGGUGCGAUAGUAGGAUUUUUGAAGAGGCCCCAAUGUGGCAUGCCUGAUGAAGUGCGACGCUAAUUGAACGUAUUGUGCCCCGAUAAGAUUGAGUUGGAUAGAGAGAGCACAUUUUUUGUAUUGAUUGCAGUCGAAAGAAUCUUUAUUUUAUUUUGAUUUGCUGUUUAUUCCAUCUGCUUUUGAAUCCAAUCGUAGUUGGAAGCAAUGCUGAUGAAGCGUUCAGGCAACAUGCCACCGCAUUCGCCAAGCAUAUCAGCGGCGAGGCCAACAAGUUCUCCCAGAUAGACAGCUGGGCCGCCAAUGUCCCCGGUGCAAAUGCCUUGACGUCUGCCAUGUCCCAGG